AGAGUUCAUGUUGAAAGAGUAAGAAAGACUGGUUCAUCCAGUCUCUUGGGAACAGAGAAUCUGCAGGAUUUUUUUUCUUUCUGUGCAAAGCAAUGUCCCACAGGGACAUAAUGUACUCAGGGUUUCAAAUAGCAAGAAGAAAUGUGCCUAUUGAGCAGAUGUGGGAAGCUAUAAAUAUUUCAUCUGCUGUUGUCCCUCAGGCACCCCUGGGUUGAAUGGAAUAUCAUUGUUUCUUUUGAAGUCCAAAGUCUGGCUCAGAGACAGAUGCUUGACUCUUUCCUGCUGCCUAGUCUGCUGAGCAGAGCUUCAGUCUCCACCAUCAAUCAUCCAGUGAGGAAUUUGCACUUACACAAGGAACUCUUCCUCGGAGAGAUCCCCUCCUGAACCCACCUGCAGUUCACCAGCCCCAGACCAAGAGCACCUUCUCUACGCCUCUCUGAAAUGUCCAUCCACUCCAGAGAACCAGCCCCUGUCACCCACCCCCUUGCCCUUCCUGCACCGAUUGUGCAAGGAGGGAAGGUCAACAGAGCCAAGUCCAUUGAGGGAUAUCAAGAGAAGCCAGAGUAAACCCUUAUUUUAUCCCCAUGGAAACAGGAAAUCAAACACAUGCCCAAGAAUUUCUCCUCCUGGGAUUUUCAGCAACGUCAGAGAUUCAGUUCAUUCUCUUUGGGCUGUUCCUCUCCAUGUACCUAGUCACUUUCACCGGGAACCUGCUCAUCAUCCUGGCCAUAUGCUCAGACUCCCACCUCCACACCCCCAUGUACUUCUUCCUCUCCAACCUGUCUUUUGCUGACCUCUGUUUUACCUCCACGACUGUCCCAAAGAUGUUACUGAAUAUACUGACACAGAACAAAUUCAUAACAUAUGCAGGCUGUCUCGGUCAGAUUUUUUUUUUCACUUCAUUUGGAUGCCUGGACAAUUUACUCUUGACUGUGAUGGCCUAUGACCGCUUCGUGGCCAUCUGUCACCCCCUGCACUAUACGGUCAUCAUGAACCCCCGGCUCUGUGGACUGCUGGUUCUGGGGUCCUGGUGCAUCAGUGUCAUGGGUUCCCUGCUCGAGACCUUGACUGUUUUGAGGCUGUCCUUCUGCACCAAAAUGGAAAUUCCACACUUUUUUUGUGAUCUUCUUGAAGUCCUGAAGCUCGCCUGUUCUGACACCUUCAUUAAUAACGUGGUGAUAUACUUUGCAACUGGCGUCCUGGGUGUGAUUCCCUUCACUGGAAUAUUUUUCUCUUACUAUAAAAUUGUUUUCUCUAUACUGAGGAUUUCCUCAGCUGGGAGAAAGCACAAAGCGUUUUCCACCUGUGGUUCCCACCUCUCAGUGGUCACCUUGUUCUAUGGCACGGGCUUUGGGGUCUAUCUCAGUUCUGCAGCCACACCAUCUUCUAGGACAAGUCUGGCGGCCUCAGUGAUGUACACCAUGGUCACCCCCAUGCUGAACCCCUUCAUCUACAGCCUGAGGAACACGGACAUGAAGAGGGCCCUGGGGAGACUCCUCAGUAGGGCAACAUUUUUUAAUGGUGACAUCACUGCAGGACUUUCAUAAGUAGCAAGGCUUGGACCAUUGGGAGGCACUUUUGGUGGUUCUUGAAUGUAUCCAAACAUCAAUGUAUUCUCUUUUAGUUCUGGAAUUACCAUAUCUUAUCGUGUCUUUGAUACAGGAGCUAGAAAGAAAUUAUUUAGGUAGAUAGGGAGGGCCACAGAGUCCUUGGCAAGGUUUCCCUGUUAACAAAAAGCAGCCCUCAAAAUCAUUUCUUUUCUAAUAAAGAACAGCCUGAAAAAUCAAGCUGCAGACAUAGAUAAGCAAGCUGGAAGCUUGCAGGAGUGAAUGCUGGCUGCUGCGCCAAUAGAAAAGGGCUAGCUGGGGACCAGGCAUGUUCAACAUGGAGGCUCCCUCUUCCUUUUCUUUGUCAACCACGUGUACAGCAAAGGAACAGGCAACAUGGGGCUGCCCAGGUAAAGAACCCAUCUGUAUAAUAAAAGAUUAGGGUGGGGCAGCCAGCUUCUCCACAUGCUAUGCAAAUGGCACACCUGAUCCAACCAAUCUUUUACGGCCUAUGUAAAUCAGACACCACCUCCUCAAGCUACUUCAUAAAACCCUGUGCAUUUCACCAUGGAACUGGCAACCCAUUUUCUCUGGGACCCCUCUCUGCACAGAGAGCUCUUCUCUUUCUCUCACCUAUUAAACUUCUGCUCUUAACCUCACUCUGGUGUGUCCGCAUCCCAGUCUUCUUCCAUGGCUGUGGGACAACAAACCUCAGGUGUUACCCCAGACAACUAUGCUGCUUCACCUUGAUUUUGACAAUUUUUGAAGACGGUGUAUUAACUUUCUAGGGCAUCUGUAACAAUGUGCCACAAAUUGGGUGAGUUAAACAAUAGCAAUUGAUUGGCUCACAUUUCUGUAGACUAUGAUGCCUGAAAUCAAGGUGUUGGCAGGGCUGGUUCCACUUGAAGGCUGUGAGAAAGAUUCUGUUCCAUGCCUUACCCCUAGCUUCUGCCGGUUGCUGGCAGUCUUUGGCUUUCCUUGACAAUAUAGAAGCAUCACUCCAAUCUCUGCUUUCAUCUUCAGGUGAUGUUCUCCCUCUAGGUGUGUCUGUGUCCAAAUUUCCCCUUCUUAUAUGGACAACAUUCAGAUUAGAGGCCAACUCUACUCCACUAUGGACCUCAUCUUAGCUUAACUAAUUACAUUCACCGCAGCCCUAUUUCUAACUGAGGGCUUUAAUGUAACAUAUGAUCACAUAAGCAAUGCAAACUAUUGUGAACAUCUCAGAUAUUUGCAAUGAAAAAAUUAAACAUUGGCUUCACAAAGGUCAGAAUAGCUGAGACCACAUUCUGAAGUUUUGGCGGUAAGGACUUCAACAUAUGAAUUUGUAGAGAAUGAAAAUUCAACCCAUAAAAGACAGUUUCAUCAAGACUAGCUUUAAAUGCAAAGAAUGACCAGCAUCCCAAAUUGCCCAUUUCUGUUUUUUUUUUUUUUUUUUUUGCAGAUAAAAUUUUAUUGGCAUAUAGCCACACCCACUUGUGUACAUAUUAUCUGUGGCUGCUUUCAUGUUACAAGAGCAGAUAUGAGUAACUGCCACAGAAAUCAUCUGACCUGGAAAACCUACCUAAAAUAUUUACUCUCUGGCCUUUUUCACUGUGAAGGU